CAAAGUGAAGACGCGUCAAAGUACGCAAGACUGGUAGGUUGUCAUUUCUGCACUUCGUCUUAUUAUUCAAGCCGCUUGCGUCAAUCUAAAUGCUAUCGCUUUUGCAUUGUCUCCUAUGGUUUGCGAUGGGCCAAUCGUCGGCGAGCCUAUCCUGCAGGCCUCAGCCUCAACGACGCGUCUUGGCUUCGCGAGCCUUGUACACUCGAACGCUGCUCAACGCACUUCGAUCUAUCUGGUUGACAGGCAUCUGGGCCAUCAUCUCCAAAAGUCCAACCCUCGUCGAAACAACAAACACGGCGACCCAAGCGCAAGGGUACCCGUACGAUAAUAUACCCGAUACUCGGCCACCAAAGGUCUUUCGGAUUUCGGGAGGGAACUCGUCCUGUGUUACUCUAGGAGUUCAGAUAACCGUCAAGGACUGACCAGGGGUGAACGCUU